CCACUAAACUGUAUCGGAGAGGGAGGUUCUUCAGCAAAGUUUGGCUUGUUAGGGAAAGUUCCUAACUGUCAGGGCUGUCGAAGGGGCCUUGAUGGAAGAAAGGAGGACAUCGUCUUGUCAGCAAACAACACUUACAGUUUACAAUUCUUGGAACGCAAAAGACGCGUGUGAAAAUCACUGAGGAAGGAUACAACGUCGUACAGAAGUUAAUUAAGUUUAUAUCGCCGGCGUCACGCAUUCUAUGUCUAAAGUACAUGGUUCUAGCGGGAUAUAAGUGUUUCACUACAACAUUGAAAGUGUUUGAAAUGACAGUCGGUACAGUGAGGAUAAAGCAUAAUAACAUAUUGUCUUUCUUUACCUUCCAACAAGAUGAUUUACUUACACUGCGGACUUGCACAACCUUUCUCUCCAAUUUACUUUUUGGUUGCAGCGGGGAUCUUGGCGAUGUUUAACAACAGUAAAACAUUUGGAUUUGAACAAGAGACGGAGAGCUUUCUACAGGGGCUUCCGCAGUACGAGGUCGUUCACCCCUACCGAGUGGACGCCAAAGGUCACUUCCUGUCCAACUUUGUGUCCCACCGCGUCAGCCGGGUACAGCGGAGGGAAACCCAGGGGGAACCAGGAAAUCCUACACGGGUGUUCUACCAGUUGCAGCACGGUGGCCACAAUCUGCACUUCAACCUCACCCUCAACCCACACUUGCUGGCUCCUGGUUUCCUGACUGAGCGAAGGUACGGAGGCAUGGAGGGGGCCAAAAUACGCAGCCAUGGCCCUUCGCUGUGCCACUUUAUCGGGGACGUGUGGGACCAGGCAACCAUGAAGGGGAGGGCGGCUAUAAGCACUUGUGACGGCCUGACUGGGCUGUUCAAGCUGUCCCAGGAGGAGUUCUUUAUCCGGCCAUUGGAGCGGUCUAGUGAUGAGUUGACGGCACCACAAGUCCACAUUAUCUACAAGCGCCACACCUCCCCCACCCAAAGCCAGUUGGUACAGCCCAUCUCUGGAGACCAUACCACCAACGGUACCUGUGGGGUCAAAGAUCCCGCUGCGGCGUUGGAACAUGUGGAGAGGCAACGGGAGCGCUGGGAGAGACGCCAGCGGAGGAAGAGGAGGAUACGCCAGCGUUCCAUCAGCAGGGAGAAGUGGGUGGAAACGCUGGUGGUGGCCGAUUCCAAGAUGGUGGAGUACCACGGCAGCAAGGGCGUGGAGAGCUACGUACUGGCUGUCAUGAACAUCGUGUCGGGGUUGUUUCAUGAUGCCAGCAUUGGAAACCCUAUCAACAUCGUAGUGGUUCGUCUGAUCCUGCUGGAGAAGGAAGAGGAAGACCUGAAGAUCACCCACCACGCUGACAACAGCCUGAGCAGCUUCUGUAAGUGGCAGAAACGGCUUAACGUGAAGGGAGAAGAACACGCGGUCCAUCACGACGUGGCCGUCCUUCUCACCAGAAAGGACAUCUGUACGGCCAUCAAUAAGCCCUGUGAGACCCUGGGCCUGUCUCAUGUGGCAGGAAUGUGUCAGCCCCACCGCAGCUGCAGCAUCAGUGAGGACACGGGCCUGCCGCUGGCCUUCACCGUCACCCACGAGCUCGGGCACAACUUUGGGAUUCAGCAUGAUGGGAACGGCAAUGACUGUGAGCCGAUUGGGAAAAGACCUUUCAUCAUGUCUCCACAGCUCCUGUAUGGCACCUCCACCCCCAGCUGGUCGCGCUGCAGCCGCCAGUAUAUCACCCGCUUCCUCGAGUGAGUUCUAAUUCUAUUGUCCCACACUGAUGACCUCAUCAUUCUGUCUAAGUUUCUCCCUGUUUCUCUCUCACACUUUGUAAUGAUAAUGCAAAUGAUAGUAUAUAGAAAACCAUACAAUGCAUCAUUCAAUCAGGCUUAAUGCAAUGUUCCCAAAGGAAAAGAGAAUGCAAACAUAGUGAGAAUUAUCUGUUGUUCUCUUUCUGCCUCUCUCUCCGUCUCCAUCCUGUCUUUCUCUCUUUUAUUCUCUCUCUCGCUCUUCUCUCCUCAUCCCCUUCAAACUACUUUAUCUGUCUCUUUCCCGUCUCUAACUCCCUAUUCUACAAUUCCACUCAAUUCAUUUGUGCCACUGAUGGCCCUUGAAUCCAUAACACAACUACACCCCAAUAAGGACCUAAGGGAAUAUGUACCGGAUAUAUGCAGUGAUUUAUGAGUGCAUUCUAAUUGUCCCAUGGUCUCUUUGUUCCAUGUUGCUUGAUGCUUUCAAAUUGAGCAGUUCCACCAAUGAUGUAUCCACUUUCAAUCUACCAUCUACCCAGAUAGCCUGGAUAUGAGAGGGUUGUAUGUGGAUGGUACUUAGAAUGUUUCAAUCUACCAUCUACCCAAAUAGCCUAGAUAUGAGAGGGUUGUAUGUGGAUGGUACUUAGAAUGUUUCAAUCACAGAUCAAUAAACAAAACCUCCAUCACUG